UCACAAACCGUUUUGGUGAGUUCCACGCUGCACGUUCCUCGCUCUCUCUGAUUCGCUUCCUAUUCUUGUAGCCUGUACAAUAUACGUUGGGUUCAGUUGCCUCCGACUUCUAUACUGUCGUAUUUGACACGUCUUACGUGUCAUUGCUUACCGACUAGUAUCCCAGGUUCCGCCCAACAAUUGGUGACCCCCUGUCAGGAACACGCCGCCCGCCAUUUUGCAUUUUCAUUCUGGUGAGCUCGUUCCAGUGAUUUUGUGAUUCAUUACUUGUGAUCAUAUUGUUUUCUCACCUACCACAUUUUUACCUGCUUUUUGCAAUGGAUUAUCUAGAGGAUAAGCCAUCUCCAUGCGCGGCUAACGCCGUUCAGCCUGUCAUGGUCAACUCUGUUGCCUUAACCCCUCCCCCGUUUUGGGAGAAUGAUCCUUUAUUAUGGUUUUUGCACCUAGAAUCCGUAUUUUAUAUUCGUAAGCUUUCUUCUGAUUUCGCCAUGUAUAAUCAGUUAAUAUCUUGCCUUCCUUAUAGUAUAUCCUCGCAGGUGAGAGACAUCAUACUUUGCCCCCCUCUAGUAAUGAAAUACGAGACACUUAAACAGGCUAUUAUUCAGCGAAUCACGCCUUCUGACAAGGUCCGUCUGCAGCAACUAUUUAGUGAUCUGCAGCUAGGAGAUAGGAUGCCCUCAGCCUUGUUGCGCGAAAUGCAACAGCUCAUCGGCACGUCCAACAUGGACGUAGGGAUUCUCCGCGAGCUGUGGAUGCAACGCCUUCCUGCAAGCACUCAAGCUAUCCUUGCAGUAGCAAGUGACUUGCCAAUCACGGCAAUUGCAGAUCUAGCAGACCGCGUCAUCGAACGGCACCAGCCAGAGACUGAAACCAAAGCACUUAAGCAGCUUUGCGCUGGCGCAACCACAACGACAGGCGCGACUAGCCCUCCGUCGGCAAUAGACGCAUUAUCAUUGCAGAUAGCGUCGCUUCAGCGCCAGAUCAAAGAACUCACCUUAAAACGUAAGCACUGCAACCGCUCUGGAUCAUCGCACCGUCGCACAAAACCUGAUGCCUCAGGUUACUGCUUUUACCACUCGCGUUUCGGUACUAAAGCCCGUAAGUGCGUACAGCCGUGUAGCUACUCCGCUAUAGAUGAUCCGCCACGCCGGGCUGUAAUGGCCACGAACGUCGGCAAAGCCCGAAGUCGUCUCAUCUACAUUAGGGAUUAUGACUCCGAUACCCAGUUCUUAGUUGAUACCGGGGCGGAAGUCAGCGUCAUUCCCCCUAUGCCAGGUGAGCCUACCGCUUCUCUGUCGACAAGCCUCAGUGCCGCCAAUGGCACACCAAUAGCCACCUAUGGUCAUCGGUCACUUACCCUGGACCUAGGUCUUCGGCGCACGUUCCGCUGGGUAUUCACUGUCGCUGCAGUCCCCUUUGCCAUCAUCGGCAUUGACUUUCUCAGGCAUUUCGACCUCUUGGUCGAUGCGAAACGCCAGAUGAUAGUCGACACUGCAACAAAACUCAGCGUACGUGGCAUCACCGCCGAUGUGACAUCUAUAUCCCCGGUCUAUGCAUUUCCCCAGACCUCGUCAGCCUACGCUAAUCUCCUUUCUCAGUAUCCCAAGCUCGUUCAGCCAAUGAACGCAGCUUUGCCCGUGGCAGCUCAAGUCACGCACCACAUACGGACGAAUGGCCCACCUGUGUCAUGCCGUCCACGCCGACUAUCGCCUGAGAAACUAAAGGUAGCUAGGGCGGAGUUUGAGCACAUGCUUGAACUUGGAAUAAUCCGCCCUUCCGACAGCCCUUGGUCCUCGCCCCU